AUGGUUACUCGACGCUUCACUCAACCACCAACCAGCGACGACGAAGACGGUGACUCACCUCCUUCCAAGCCACACUCCACUUCAACAAACUUCGUCGGCGAUAACGCUUCCAACCACCGCAAAAGGAAGGUGCUGAACCUUCAAGACGAAGACGACGACGAAGAGGAAGAAGAAGCGUCAAACGUGAACGAGAAAAAGAUGAAGUUGAAUGAUGAUGAUGAUGAUGAUGAUGAUGUUGAGGAGGAAGAUGAAGCGUCUGGUGAAGAAGAUGAAGCGCCAUUGGAGGAUGCUAAACCUGUUGGUGGACCGGUUAGGGUUUCCGGAAAAGGAAGGGGCAGAAAGAGUCAUUUUCAGUCGUUUGAAUUCGACGAUAACCUAUACUCACUCGAGGAUCCUGUGCUUCUUGUGCCUGAGGGUAAAGACCAAAAACCAUAUGUGGCGAUUAUCAAGGAGAUUACACAAUCCAUAGAUGGCAGCUUGAAGAUCACAGGGCAGUGGUUUUACCGGCCAGAUGAAGCAGCCAAAAAGGGAGGAGGUAACUGGCAAUCUAGUGACACCAGAGAGCUGUUUUACAGUUUCCACCGGGAUGAGGUUCCAGCGGAAUCCGUUAUGCAUAGGUGUGUGGUGCAUUUCGUUCCCAUACACAAACAGCUUCCAAAUCGUAAGGAGCAUCCUGGGUUUAUUGUGCAAAAGGUUUAUGACACAGUAGAACAGAAGUUGUGGAAGCUUACUGAUAAAGACUACGAGGACAGUAAGCAAGAAGAAAUUGAUGAGCUUGUUCAGAAAACUUUUCAAUGUUUGGGUGAGCUGCCUGACAUUGAGACUGAUGAAGCUCCUGCUGCUCAGGAAGAUUUGAUUAGAGAUGAAAGAACCUUCAAGAAACGGAGUAUUUCACCUCUUGAUAUUUCAAGAGAGGACAGAACAUCUCGAAAGAGAGUCCAACCUCCGAAACCUGAAACACCAAGGACUUGUUUAGCUAAUACCUCAGAAGAGCAUUAUCGUAUAUUAGUGAAUUUUAAUGCAUUAACAGGUGAUACCUAUCGUGACAAAGGUUUGGUGAAGUUGCUUCAAAAUGUUCAAUACUUGUUUGAUACUGAUGAAAUCAGAAAGAAAAAAGACACAUGCAGCGACAGUUCUGAUGCAAUCAACAAUGGCGGCACCAACAAAAGUUUAGAAAUAGAAAAAGAGUGUAAAGACAAAGUUCUGAAGAAUUCCAAGUCUUUUAUCUGGCCAGAUGUUGCUGUUCCAGCUGUAGUUGCUCUAGAGAAUGCUUCACAUGAAGCAUUUCCAUCAGAUUAUCAGAAGUACAGCCAAAAACUACGACAAUUAGCAUUUAAUCUCAAGAGCAAUGCAUUUCUGUUAUGCCGUCUAUUAAAUGGAGAGCUUGAACCUUCAAAAAUAUUGAUUAUGACACCUACUGAAUUGAAGGAGGGUUUGACUACUGAUGAAAUAUCCAAGGAUGAACCUGAGAAGCCACAACACAUGCAGAUGACGGAUACCCGCUGCACACGUUGCUCAGAGCAGAAGGUGGGCGUGAAGGAUAUUAUCCGUGCAGGACAUGUUGACCGAUAUAUGCUGGAAUGUAUCGAAUGUGGUCAUUCCUGGUCUGCCUCUCACGAUGCGGUGUCCAUGCUGACGUUAGAUGCAUCAGAUUCAAAAAGAAAUGUAGGCACAGCCCCAUGGGUCACUGCGAAAUUUGAAAAGAAGUUGGUGAGUCCCCGUGAAAAUGACAAGUCAAGCAAUGACAUCUUUAUGCCGGAAGCCCAUAAAUCAUUUGGCAAGUCCAGGAAAGAUGAAAACAGAUGA